AGUUAUCUAACGUAAUAUGCAGAAUAUCAUCACGGGCCCAAUAACUUAAUCAUUUAAUAUACCGAGGGUAUUAUAGGGAUAAUUUUUUUUCUUUUCUUUUUGUUUUAUUUUUAUUUCAAGAUCGGGAACGACACGGCAUGGGCAGAGGCGCACAUUGAUGCCAUUAAUAACAUCGUUAAGAAUAAUAUCCAAUUAAAUCCCGAAUAUGCCAACAACAACACCGAGAUCAUCGAGACGUUUUUUCAGCAUACCUGCAGAAACAAUUGUAGUAACCAUGGUGUUUGUACUGUUAAAGGAGAGUGUAACUGCGAAAGCUUUUACAGAGGAUCAGACUGUAGUUUAGAUGUACGAAUACCUCCUGAAAUAUUGGAUAUACAUGGCGGGGGUGAAUGUGACCUAGCAGACGGCGGUGACUGCACAUGUUUUACAAUAAGAGCAGAUAAUCUUGUUAAUGGAUUCGUUUGUGAUAUUACUGUCAGUAAAAUGUAUUUGAACGGAGGACGGAAAGGUGUGGUUAGAGAUCGACAACAAGGACUUUUUGGCGACAUAUUUUCUGGAGUCUGUUGUCUUUCGAAUGAUUUUUCAGAUGUGACAAAUGAAACUCUUCAAGAUUAUGUUUACGCAUAUAAUGUUACUAUAAGCAAUGAUGGAGAGACAUUUGGAGAACCGACACCGAUUUAUGUAUUUGAUUCCAGAUGUCAAAGUAUAAGCUACGGAAUAGAUGUACGAGUAAAUAUGCAGGACGGGUUUUGCUACAUAAACGGCAUUUGUAUGAGAAACGGCGACCAUGAAUCUGGAAACGUGUGCAAUGUGUGCAAUACUGCUGAACAUCAAUACAAAUGGUCAAACAUAUGUCCAACCACAACUAUAACCAAAAGCAGUACAGAAGAAGCAACGCCCCACACAACUACAACAAAAAGAUUUUCCACGGUACCAAGUACGACCAACCCUACAGUGACAUCAUCGGAAAGUCCAGCGCCUCCCCUACUGCCUAACAUUGUUCCUGAACUCAAGUUCACAGAGAAAGAGAGUAGACAGGAUAACACGACAGAUGCUGUUAUCACAUAUAUACCUUAUCUUCAGUUCCGAUGUAAUUUCAGUAUAAUAAGCCAAAAUUUCUACAUAGUAACUUGGUAUAUUGACGAAGAACUAUUUACAACAAUGGGACCAUCAAACAUAUCUGAAAAUUUGAUUCUUAAAGAAGAGCAACUGAAAGACCUGCACUUUGGAUUAAUUGUAAUGUGUGGGUAUACCGUAGUAAAUGGCACCGGACAUAUUAAUGAAACCGUAAAGAUAUCAUCUGAGGUAGUCAGUACAUCAUUUUACGCCGGAUUUGAAGUCAUAAACAAAAAUAUCGAAGUCACUAAAGGAUUGUCUACAAUUGUUGAAGUCAAGCAGACAGUUCCGAUUGGUUGCACUUACAAUGAAAACGACACCGAUAUAUGUGUUACUACUCUAGUACUUUUCAAUCCAAACGAGAGAUUAGAUCCUUGUGAAGUUGGUGUAAAUGUUGUUAAUGGUGCAGACAACAUUAGCAAAUGCUUCCAUGAAAUACAGACACAAAAGGUAAACGAUACGUGGGACCAAGAGAAGACCUACAGUUUCAGGGUAUCGACAGUUGAUCAUUAUUACGAUGAUGAAAACAAAUUUAGCUUAAGACUUCAAUUGGGUGACAAUGUGAAUCAUCCCAUUUGGCAAGGUUUUAUUCAGGAUGAAAUACCGGUACGCAUCACAGGUUUCUAUUCAUACCGCAACAGGCUCUGCUACUCUCAUAUUGAUCCUCAUAUGAAAACAGCCGAUGGAAUUUACUACGAGCAGCAAAGAGUUGGCGACUUCAUGUUAUAUCAUAAUACGUACUAUGAUAUAGAGGUUCAAGAAGCGAAUCAGUUAUGCAAUCACAAUUACGCUGUUUGUACCUGUGGUAUAGCUGUCCGCGCUGGAGCUGAUGUAUUCAUUAUAAAUCGUUGUGGCCGAGCAAACAUCCUUGAAUUUGUACGAAGCAAUGACGGCGGUAUCAUUGAUGUUAUUGAAGUUAACUCAUACAGAUACAAGGUCAUUACACCAAUUGGUACCAUAAUUGACAUAGCGCUCCAUGGAGGAAGCUAUCAAAACACUAUGAAUGUUGAUAUAAUAAUGUCAGCAAAAGACUUGGGAAAUGUCCAAGGUUUAUGUGGAUACUUUGAUGGCAAUAGAUAUAAUGAUUUUCUGCGAAGUGACGGUGUACAAUCCAGUAAUAAUAAUGACUACAAGUUCUCGGAGAGUUGGAGAUUAUCUGAUGAUAUGAACCUAUUUAAAACACGAAACAGAUAUUUAGAUAAAUGGGCACACUACAGCGAAGUAAUGUGUCACUGUGCGGUACCAGUUAACGGUAGCUGUGACUUCAUACUGGACAAUAUAUGCAGGAAUCCUUCCUCUAUAACACUGUCCAAGAUACAAAAUGCAAACACACCUGAAAAAGAAAAGGAAUUAGAUCGGCUAUACCACUUGAUAAACAAUUCUCGAGACAUUUCACAGACGAUCAACACAGAUGUGACUAUCACAGAUGAAGCUAUACGAAUGUGCAAUGAGUCCAUAUUCAGUUCUGCCGCUGUCGUCCUUUUUGGUACAAACAUUGUAACCGAGGAUCCUGAAGAAGUAGUUCGACAGUGUGCAUUUGAUGUAUCAAUCGGGAACGACACGACAUGGGCAGAGGCACACAUUGAUGCUAUUAAUAACAUCGUUAAGAAUAAUAUCCAAUUAAAUCCCGACUUUGCCGACAACAACACCGACCUUAUCGAGACAUUUCUUCAGCAUACAUGUAGAAACAACUGCAGUAACCAUGGUGUUUGUACUGUUAAAGGAGAGUGUAACUGCGAAAGCUUUUACAGAGGAUCAGACUGUAGUUUAGAUGUACGAAUACCUCCUGAAAUAUUGGAUAUACAUGGCGGGGGUGAAUGUGACCUAGCAGACGGCGGUGACUGCACAUGUUUUACAAUCAGAGCAGAUAAUCUUGUUAUUGGAUUUGUUUGCGAUAUAAUUGUCACUAAAAUAUAUUUGAACGGAGAACGGAAAGGUGUGGUCAGAGAUCGACAAAAAGGACGGUUUGGCGACAUAUUUUCUGGAGUCUGUUGUCUUUCGAACGAUUUUUCGGAUGUGACAAAUGAAACUUUUCAAGAUAAUAUUUACGCAUAUAAUGUUACUGUAAGCAAUGAUGGAGAGACUUUUGGAGAACCGACACCGAUUUAUGUAUUUGAUUCCAGAUGUCAGAGUAUAAACUAUGGAAUAGAUGUACGAGUAAAUAUGCAGGACGGGUUUUGCUACAUAAGCGGUAUUUGUAUGAGGAACGGCGACCAAGAAACUGGAAACAUGUGCAAUGUGUGCAAUACUGCUGAACAUCAAUACAGAUGGUCAAAUAUUUGUGAAAACAUGAAUAGCACGUCGACCAGUAGUUCAACGACCAUGUUAGCCACUACUCCAACAAUGACAGAUUAUACUUCGACUAAAAGUACAAUGACAAUGCAAGCCUCUUCUCCAACAGUAACUGAUGGUACCUUGACAAGUAGUACUACGACACAAUCAGCUUCGUCUCCAACAGUAACUGAUGGUACCUCGACCAGAAGUACCACGACACUGUCAGCUACUUCUCAAACAGUAUCUGAUGGUACCUCUACAAGUAGUACCAUGACACAGUCAGUCACUUCUCCAACAGUAACUGAUGGCGCCUCGACUAGAAGUACCACGACAAACUCAUAUUCUUCUCCAACAGUAACUGAUAGUACCUCGACUAGUAGUACCACGACACAGUUAUCAAAUUCUCCAACAGUAACUGAUAGUACCUCGACCAGUAGUACCACGACACAUUCAGCUACUUCUCCAACAGUAAAUGAUAGUGCCUCGACUAGUAGUACCACGACACAGUCAUCUCCAACAGUAGCUGAUGAUACCUCGACCACUAGUCCCACGACAGAGUCAGUCUCUUCUCCAACAGUAACUGAUAGUACAUCGACCAGUUCUACUACAAUACAGUCAGCUACCUCUCCAAAGGUAACUGAUGGUACCUUGACCAGUAGUACAAAGACAGAGUCAGCUACUUCCCCGACAGUAACUGAUGGUACCUCGACAAAUAAUACCGUGACACAAUCACUUAUUUCUCCAGCUGCAACUGAUGGUACCUCAACUAGAAGUACCACGACACUGUCAGCUACUUCUCCAACAAUAUCUGAUGGUACCUCGACAAGUAGUAAUAAAACACAGUCAUAUUCUUCUCCAACAGUAACUGAUAGUACCUCGACCAGAAGUACCACGACAGAGUCAACUACCUUCCGAACAAAAACUAAUAGUAUCUCGACCAGUAGUACCACGACACAGUCAGCUACGUCUCUAACAGUACCUGAAAGUACCUCUGCCAGUAGUAGCACGACACAAGCAGUUACUUCUCCAACAGUAAGUGAUGGUACCUCGACCAGUAGUACAAGGACACAAGCAGCUUCAUCUUCAACAGUAACUGAUAGUACCUCGACCAGUAGUACCAGGACACAGUCAGCUACUUCUCCAGCAGUAACUGAUGGUACCUCGACAAGUAGUACCACGACAGAGUCAGCUUCUUUUCCAACUGUAACUGAUGGUACCUCGACCAGUAGUACCACGACACAGUCAGCAACUUCUCCAACAUUAACUGAUAGUACCUCGACCAAUAGUACCAAGGCACAGUCAGCUACUUAUCCAACAGUGACUGAUAGUACCUCGACCAGUAGUACCACGACACAAGCAGCUACUUCUCCAACAGUAACUGAUGGUACCUCGACAAGUAGUACCACGACACAGUCAGCUACUUCUCAAACAGUAACUAAUAGUACCUUGACCAGUAGUACCACGACACAAGCAACCUCUUCCCCAACAGGAACUGAUGGUACCUCGAAAAGUAGUACCAAAACCCAGUCAGCUACGUCUCCAACAGUAACUGAUGAUACCUCUACCAGUAGUACCACGACAGAGUCAGCUAAGUCUCCAACAACAACUAAUGGUAUCUCGACCAGUAGUACCAUGACAGAGUCAGCUACUUCUCAAACAGCAACUGAUGGUACCUCAUCCAGUAGUACCACAAGACAGUCAGUAUCUUCUUCAGCAGUAACUGAUGGUACCUUGGCCAGCAGUUCCACGACACUUUCAGUCACUUCUCCAACAGUAUCCAGUAGUACAAUGACAACGACAGAAAGUACUUCGACUAGCAGUACCACCACGGAAUCAGCCACUUCUACAACAAUGAGCGAUCAUACCUCUACCAGUAGUACCACGACAAUGGCAGCUUUUUCUCCAACAGUAACAGAUAGUACUUUGACUAGCAGUAACACAGAAAUGACAACCAGAUCUCCAACAAUGAUUGAUAGAACAUCGACUGGCAGUACCACGACAAUGUCAACCACUUAUCCAGCAAUUACUGAUAGUACCUCGACUAGCAUCUCGAUUAGCAAUACCACGACAGUGUCUGCAACAUCUCCAACAAUAACUGAAAGUGUUUCGACCAGUAGUAAUAUGACACUGUCAGCCACAUCUCCAACAAUGACUACAACACAAACUGAAUAUCUGAAACCAGAAAUAAAGCCUGAACUCGUAUAUCAAACAUUUGAUAUCGCGGAUGGGAUCGGUACUGCUGAAGGCUACAGUUCAAUUUUGAAGUUUGUAUGCAGUUUUAAUAUGAGUAUGGAUGGUUUCUAUACCGUUAAGUGGUUUGUCGAUGACGAAAUGCUGUCUCAGCGUGGACCUUCCAGAUCAGUUGAGGAUUUCAUUCUUUCGGAAGAUGACUUUACAAAUCGACAUCUUGGAAUCAACAUACGAUGCAGUAUUUCAGAAGCUAACAGUUCAAAAGAAUUCAAAAGUCCGACUUUUUUUGCAGGAUUAAAAAUCACUGACAAACAGAUUGAGGUACCAAAGAGUGGACAUACCACCAUCGAGGUGAUACAGACCGUCCCUAUUGGAUGCAACUAUUCUGAUUCUAGUCCUAGAAAAUGUACAACAACUUUAUUACUGUUUGAUCCUAACUGGGGAUCGUGUGAAGCUGGUAUAAAUGUUGUAAAUGCUGAUGACAUACACAAAUGCUCUGUCGAGAUAUUGACUACGGGGCGAAAUGACGCAUGGGACGGAAGCAAGACGUAUCAGUUCGGACUUUCAACCACAGAUUUUAACUAUGACGACAAAACGAAAUUUACGUUAAGUCUCCAACUAACGGGUGAUGUCGACAACACAAUUUGGCAAGGUUAUAAACAGGAUGAUAUAAAAGUACGGGUCACAGAUUUUACGACGUACAAAAACAGAUUAUGCUACUCUCACGUUGGUGCCCAUAUGAAAACUAGUGAUGGAGUCUACUACAGACAACAACAUGAAGGCGAUUACAUGUUAUACCACAAUAAAGCGUAUGGCAUAGAGAUUCAAGAAUCCACGAAGCGCUGUAACAGCGAAGCUUUGUGUUCAUGUGGCGUGGCUAUUAGAGUGGGCAGAGAUAUAUUCAUGAUAAAUCUAUGUGGAAGCAUAAAUUACAUCGGGUUUAUUAGAUGUGCAGAAGGAGCGAUAAUUGAUGUUAAACAACUAAACGACUUUCAGUAUCAGAUCGGCUCACCAAUUGGGACCACAGUUAUUCUUACUCUUAAUUGGAAGAGUUCUCAACAGACAAUUAAUAUUGAUAUAUUCCUGGCUGCCAAGGAUUUUACAAAUAUAGAAGGCUUAUGUGGCAGUUUCGACGGGAAUAAGUCGAAUGAUUUAAGGCGCAGCGAUGGAGGUUUAUCACGAGACAAUAAUGACUUCAAGUUUUCAGAAAGCUGGAGACUAACAGACGACAAUAAUUUAUUCACAAAUUAUCAAAGACAAUUGCAAACAUGGAAUGGCAAUUUCCUUGCCACGUGUCGAUGUUCAAACACUUCUAUAGGGACAUGCUCUAUUGUAUCUUACCGGGGAUGUGGCACCCAAUCGUCGUCAUCAAUGAAAUGUGAAUUUCCGAAACCAGACAACAGGCGACAACGUAGGGAGACUAAACGGCUAUAUCGGUGGAUGAAUCAAGUAGAAAGUGUUCCACAAAGUACAAAUUACAACCAGAGUAUCACACUAGAAGAAGCAAAUAGGUUGUGUACACAACAUAUAUUGAAUGCAGCAGCAUUCACAAUUUUGCCGAGUAAAGUUGCCAACGAAAAUGUGUCAGAAGUAAUCAAUCAAUGUGUUUUUGAUGUCACUGCAGGAAAUGAUCCAAUGUGGGCACGUGUUCAUGUUGACGCUCUAAACACAAUUACGAAAUCGGUCCUUGACCUUAAUCCGGCAUUUGUUGAAAACAACAACGAUAUCGUUGAAACAUUUCUUCAGCAAACGUGCAGUACCAACUGCAGUAAUAAUGGCAUCUGCUCUGUAAAAGGGACAUGCGACUGCAACAUAGACUACGUAGGCCCGGAUUGUAGUAUAUAUAUUGGUAUACCGCCAUUGAUAGAAGAUAUAGAGGGUAACGGCGAAUGUGAUAAAGCAGAUGGAGCUGACUGUAAAUGUUUUGAAAUUCGAAGUGACGGUCUAUUUGAUGGAUUUACAUGUAAAAUAUCUAUUUUACGUAUGUACUCCAACGGACGAAAAGAAUACGUAAAUGAAGUAUCAUCCCCUGGUGUAUAUAAAAAUGUAUAUACCGGAACUUGUUGCAUACAUAGCGGUAGAAAAAAGAGAUAUGAUACAAAUACCGAGGACUUUAUAAAUAUAUACGAGAUAUCUGCAAGCAAUGAUGGAAACGCCUUUGGAGAACCGGAGAGUAUUUAUGUCUACGACUCCUCUUGCAUAGAUGUCUCGAACAACCUAACGGGAGUUAACAUAACAUGGAAAACUGAUUUCUGCUUCAUCGCAGGAGAAUGUGUUGAAGACAACACGACAUCACGUGACAAUAGCUGCAACAUUUGUGAUGUCACUGUUAAUCAGUUUAAUUGGACAACAGUCUGUGCUCCAACUGCUCACACAACAACAACUGAAACCAGGAUUACAAGCGGGAAUGAGGUUCUAGACAAAGAAAACCAAAAAUCUGACAAAGAUUCACAAAUAAUUGGUUAUGCGCUCGGGAUUUCGGCUGGAGUAGUCGCCCUUGCUGCCAUAGUUGUAACAGGAGCAUACUUUGUUAUAUUGAAGAAACGCGUAAACCGAUAUAAUCGAGAGAAAUGGUCUGAAAAUGCAGAAGAUGACACGCAUAGCGGUCCUUUCACACCACACGUUUUUCAAUCUAACAGACAAAGGCAUGGGGUUUUCCCUGGUAGAGCUCUAAGGUUCCACGCUUCAAGCGUUCGUGAUUUGACAUCUAGUGAUGAACCAACACGGGUUGCAGAUUUUAAAAUUUACCACGGAAACAGAUACUGAGAUAGAAACUGUUAGUGCACAGUUUGUGUUGUGUUGAUUUCUUUUCUUUGAUGUUAUUCUUUCCUUUUUGGUGAAUAAAUGACUUUUUAUCUAUGAUAAAUAUCGUAAUGAAGGUAGUUUAACUUAAGGACUUAAAACAUUCACAUGAAAGUAAUACUGUUGCGAUCUUAACCAUUGUGAACAAAUUAUUGAUAAAUGUGUUGUGUUUAAUUAAAGAAAUAGUUUCAUUUUCUGUAAAUAUUUUUGGAAAAUAUUUGGCAUAUAAGAGUAUUGGUUUUUUAUAAUAAUAUUUCCAUAAAUAAUCGUAUGUUUUACCUGUCUGACAUUUCCUUAGUAAAAGGUGAUUAUUCAUACUUUGGUUAGCUGUGUAAUGUAUUUUGUCCAAUUUUUAACAUCUGCCCAUUACUUUAAUUUAUGUUCACUGAGUGCUUAAAGUAGAAUUAUGCGCUUUUUCAAGUAAAAAUCUAGCUGAAAUUGAUGUUUGUGUAAAAAGGGUCGAGGAAACUAUAGCUUUUAACCCAAUAUUCCAACCUCUUCCUUUUACCAGUACGGAAUAAUAAGUUACAAAACAUGAUUUUUUUAUUUUGACUGGGUCACUCUUUUUAAGAAAUGACACACUGCAUGCAGGAGUUGCUUCCCUUCAACGUCAGAUAAAUUCUACCUAUAGGUAAGGGAAAUCACUGCGCAGAAGAUUAAAGAAAAGAACUAUUAUUUAAUUGGUCCGAUUUCUUUAAUUCUAAAGCAUCAAAUUCAAAUACUUAUAUGGUAUAAUCGUUAAUUUAACAUAUUUAAAUGCACAGCAACCGAAAAUUGGUUUUAUAAAA